UAUAUUGAUAUAGCUCAUCGAAACUCGCACACCUUGUGAAAGAGUGUUGUUGGAGUCAGACACCAUUAACUACAUCCAUGAUCUAGUGUGCUGCCCCUAUACAUCUGUCCCGUUAAGAACACACUUCCGUUCUACACAUGAACAAAGAUGACGAGGCUAACACAACUUGUGACUUUCCUGUUUGUUUUAUUUUCUAUAGAUUCAGUCUGGCUACAGCAAUUACCACCCCAGUUUCCACCCACUAUGUUUGCAUUUAUGCCGGAGAACAAGACAAACGGUUCCCUCAUCAAAUCAUUUGAUGUCACUGACGCCGAUAAUGACGUCAUUACACUUGAUAUAUAUGAUGAGUUCACUCGCUCAAGCGUCUACCUAGUUCAGUCCAAUAGCCGUAGAGGGUUUGUGACAGGAAAUGUCUACCUCAUCAACCCGGCCAAUUUCGACUUCGACAGGGGAAGGAGGGAAGUGAACUUAGGUUUUACAGCAAAUGAUGGCCAGAACACGGUAAGAUAUGAACAGUGAGGAUCCAUUUACGACACAAUGACAAACUAACAAACUAAUGAUUAUCAUAAUCGAUAACUGUCCGUUAGAGUAACCUCAUAUCUACGGAAGACUAUACAUGUC